AUGACCCACCACCGCCGGACCAAUUACCCCAAGCCCGUCAAACCCGGGCAGAAGAUUCCCCUUCCCGACGGCGAGGAGGACCGCGCAAUCGUCGUGGGCAGCUCCGGGAUCUCGUACCAGCUUCCCGGCGCCCCCUUCGAGUUCAUGUUCAGCUACUCGGAGACGCCCAAGGCUCAACCCCUAGCCCUGCGUGAGCCCGCCUUCCUGCCGUUCGCGCCGCCCACCAUGUCCCGUCCCUGGACGGGGAAAGCUCCCAUGAAGAAGAGCAAGAGGAACAUCAAGCUUUUCGAGCCGCUCGGGGCUGACGGCCAUGGCGAUGGCGAUGGCCGGAAAAGGUUCGAGAUGUUGAGGGGUUAUCAGCUAGGGAGUUAUACUGUGCGGCCGAGGGAAGAGGUGCUGGGUGAGCCGCUUGCUGGGUGGGAAGUUAAAGAGAUGCUGAAGCAGUGUUUGUCGAGUAAUCGACAGGUGAAUUUAGGUAGAGAUGGAUUAACUCAUAACAUGUUGGAGUUGAUACAUACACACUGGAGAAGACAGCCCGUCUGCAAAGUUCGAUGUUUAGGUGUCCCUACUGUCGAUAUGGACAACAUUUGCUCGUGCAUUGAGGAAAAAUCUGGUGGAAAGAUUAUUCGUAAGAUGGGUGGAGUUGUAUAUGUUUUUCGAGGUAGAAACUAUGAUCAUCAAAAGCGUCCUAAAUUUCCUGUCAUGCUUUGGAAGCCCGCCACACCAGUUUACCCAAAGCUUAUACAAGAUGCUCCCGAGGGGUUGACUAAAGAAGAAGCAGACAAAUUAAGAACGAAAGGGAAAAGCCUGUUGCCAAUUUGUAAAUUAGCGAAAAAUGGAGUCUAUCUUACACUGGUUAGUGAUGUAAGAACUGCUUUGGAAGGAUCGGUAUUGGUGAAGAUAGAUUGUAAAGGGAUGCAUGCAAGUGAUUACAAGAAAUUAGGAGCUAAGCUCAAGGAACUUGUACCUUGUGUUUUGCUUUCGUUCGAUGAUGAACAAAUACUGAUGUGGAGGGGUAGAGAGUGGAAAUCUAUGUAUGAAGAAGACGAGAUUCCUAAAAUCAAUGGCAGGUUUAGUGAUGGCUCAACGUCAAGAGUCAACAACAAUGUUUCAGUGGGGCCGAGCCAUAAAAUGUCUUCCCUAUGGAAACGCGCGAUCGAAUCAGGAAAAGCUUCGGUACUUGACAAUUUUGACCUCAGUCCAGAUGAACUCUUGUCGAGGGUUGAGGAAUUUGACAGCAAGUCUCGGGCAAUAGAGCACUCGAACCCAGCCAUGAUAUAUUCGAAUAAAGAAGGUUCAUCGACUUCAAAAUUUGACAAAAGUUACGAAUACGAUGAUUCAUAUUAUGAUGAAUAUUGUGAUGAUCCGUUUGAAGCAGUCAAUAAUUCGGUCCCGGUUGGAUCACUGCCCAUUGAUUUGUUAGCUAAGCAGCUAUCGGACGGUGACGAUGAAGCGUAG